UUGUCUUCUUCUUGUUCCUUGUCCGACAAGCUUCUUCGUUCUCUACGAAACCUAACCGAAACCAGAACGAAUCCUUCUCCUUCCAUGGAGAAGAUGAAGAUACUGACUUCUCUUCAUCUCCUGUGAAUCAAGCCCUCCUCACUGUUAAACUUUCCCUAAUCGUGGCUUUUAGCAGCCAUGGAGUUUGUGGAAUUGCCGGACGACGACCUCAUGUCCCAGAUCGACCUGGAUUACUUCUUUUACGACUUGCCGGACGAUCUGAGCCGCCUCGGUACUGGCGUCUUCGAGACACCUUCCUCGGACUCGGCCUCUCUGUCGAUCGACGAGAUCGAGAACAUUCUGAUGAAGGACGACGAGGGUGCGGCUGCGUCUGAGACCGGCAAGGAGGUUUCCGAUGGCUUCUUCGCGGACCUGCUAGUCGAUUCGCCCUCGGAUGGCUCUUGCGAUGUCUUCGAUGGUUCGGGCGACAAGGACUCGGAGAGCGGUGGAGUCGGCGAUGAGCAGGUGGGCGCUGCGGAAGCGGUCAAUGAUGGCAAGAAUGUGGAUGAUCCGAUCGCUAAGAAACGCCAGAGGCAGCUGAGAAACAGAGAUGCUGCUCUUCGUUCGAGGGAGAGGAAGAAGAUAUACGUGAAAGACUUGGAGAUGAAGAGCAAAUACUUAGAAAGAGAGUGCUUGAGACUAGGGCGGUUGCUUCAGUGCCUUGCAGCUGAGAAUCAAGCCCUGCGCUUCAAUUUGCAGAAUAGCAAUGCAUAUGGUGCUUCCAUGACCAAGCAGGAGUCUGCUGUGCUCUUGUUGGAAUCCCUGCUGCUGGGUUCCCUGUUUUGGUUCCUGGGCAUCAUGUGCCUGUCUACCCUGCAACCGCUGCUCCGGUUAACUCUGGACGCGGCAAACGCCGGAAAGAAAGAUCUGGAAACUCAGGCUCCAAACGGAGCAAGAAAUGAGACUAACGGAUCCUAUAGAUCAUCACUGUCCCUGUUGUCCAUCAUGGGCCGAAGAUGCAAAGCGACAAAGACGAAGAUGAAGACCGAGUUUUCUAUCCCUAAUGCGCCAUCCCUCCUAGUUGCUAGUUCUAUUAUCUCCUUUUGAUCCAUAUAUAUAUUAGCAGCGACCGGUUCCUGUUUAUUUUUUGUGGAUAUAAUGUAACUGAUGUAUGAUAGGGUAUUCGGGGGAUAUCUAGUGGUCUAACGAUGUCUCAGACCAGAACCAUUGUGUUUCUCGGUUAAGUCCUUAAGUCCUUAAUGUGGAAUGCGAUUUCGGAUUUUCUUAUCCUUUUAUGCCUUA